AUGAAGAGCACCUCUCAGCCAUCGAACUCUCAAAUCUAUGACACCACUCCGGCUGAUGUGUUGAACCGUCAUUAUCGUGCGUUUAUUGACGAACAGUUCAGUUCUCCUCCUCCUACACCAAAAGACUCCACCAAAAGUUCCCUGGUGAUCAACGCGCCUGCUGAAGAGACUACCAAUCCUCCACAAACUAACUCUGACACCAAAAAAAAGUCAAAAGUCAGUAAGAACAAACCCGGAAAGAAACGUGCUUCUAGAGAAGAUGGACUCACGGCCGAAGAACUCGCCUUGGACCUCAGCUCUGACGCGGAUGGCCCGCCUGCCACUGGUCCUUCUCAACCAAGCAAGAAAUCGAAAGUCAGUAUGAACAAACCCGGAAAGAAACGUGCUUCUAGAGAAGAUGGACUCACCGCCGAAGAACUCGCCUUGGACCUCAGCUCUGACACGGAUGGCCCGCCUGCGACUCAACCUCGCGCCGGUUCUCGUGCGAAUCUCUCUCGCCGGUCUCUCAAUCCUCUGCCUUCAAUUGAUCCCUCAACUGUCCACCACAAGGAACAGAAGCACGCUCUCGCCAACGCCCUUCAACAAGGGAAUGAUGCCAAGAUUGAGUUGCUAACGAACGCCACUAAGUGGCGUCAGGAGUUUGACACUCAACGCAUGCGAGUUGAUUCGGAAUCACGCAAUUCAGCCUUGACCUGGGAAAGAGAAAGAUACUUCCUCGAUUGUCAAGAAGCCCGGGACGCAGAAACUCGUCGAUUGGUCAUUUCAGCUCAGCAAGAGUGUCAAGCGUUCUGUCAGAAAUUGGCCUUGGAUGGAAAAUCCCCUGCAGAGGUCGAAGCGUACUUGCGUCUGGUAUAUCCCGAUGAUCAAGCUUAG